CUCUAAAUUCUCGCUCAAAAAAAAAUCUAGCAACAGGCUUUCUGUAUCUACAUACGCUUUAUUUUUCAAUUUUCAUUCACUCUCCGUAUUCACUCUACUAGGAUAAAACGACAUCAAAAAAACCUAUGGCGGUUGUGUGGAUUGAUUGGGGUAUAGGAAAGAGAAAGAAAUAGAGAAAGUAAAAAGCACGAGCGGAGAAACAGAGUGACCCAGUAGGAGUACUCUGUCAGUACCUUCCAUUUCCAUCCGUGGAAACUAUUGCAACCCCCUAAGUUUCUACUUCAGUCCUCUAAAUCUUCACACCCAUCCAUAUACACACUUAUAUACAUAUAUAGGAGUAUAUAUAUAAUAUGUAUGUAUAUUCUCUGUAUGACCUUGCAUAAGUCUCUACUUUGAAUCGAAUAUCAUUUUGUGUUUUAGCUUGAUAAGCUCCGAAGAUGCUCGAUUGUGACUUGAAUCUGUGAAAUUAGUUCGGAGAUCUGAUUUUAUUCAAGGGUUUCCGGGGGAGUAAUUAUCAAGCUCGAAAUUAGGGUUUCAUUUGGGUUUUGCUUCGAUUGUCGCUGAGCGGAGCCGAGAUCUGAAGAGUUCGUUGUUUUUUCAUGUGGUGUUUUGUAUUUGAGGGCCUGGAAUGGUUGGUUCUUGAAGAAUUGGAAGCUCACGAGCUUCACAUGGUUGCGAAUUGUGAGGUUUUUCUGGAGUUGAAACAAGCAAUCGGACUUGCAAGAAAAGAAACAAGCAAUCAGGGUUUCUACGAGUGCUAUGUUGGAGUUUGAGCUGGAAAUGUGCUGGUUAAUUCGUUGAAGAAUUGUCAUAUGAAUUUCUUCGUUAAAGAUUGGUGUAUUUGGGGUUGGGUGAAGAGGAUCAAGAGCGGAUGAAGCUGAAGUGGAUCGUGUUUUGUAGCGAAACCGGCUUCGGUUGAAGAUUUUGGAGGGGGUAUAACUGGUUUUGUUCUAUCUUCUUCAUAUAUAUAAAGGUUCUACAUACAAGAUCAUCAUUUUAUUUUAGCACAAAUCUGGUGGGUAGGUGGUGGUGGUGUUUUUUAAGUUACACAAUCAGAUUAAAAUGGCUUUCGAUGGGACAAAGUAAGGAAUUUUAUUAAAUUCAGUUUUAGGUGGGUUUUGGGAGGUCAAAUUAAAGGUAUUAUGGUGUUUUUGAGUGGAAAGGAUGUGGAAGAAUCGCUUGUUCAGUUUUGUGGGGGUCUAUUGUUGGAGAAUUUAGUGCUGAAUUGUUGGGGAUAGUAGUUCUUGUUUUUGUUGUCACUUUUCGUGGAUCCAAAUCUGGGGCUAGAAGCUAUUCUUCAAUCUGCAGAUAUGAGGCUCUCUUCUGCUGGUCUCACACACCAGUCUCCUGAAGGGGAGAAGAGAUGUCUGAAUUCUGAACUUUGGCAUGCAUGUGCGGGUCCUCUUGUUUCUCUACCUGCUGUCGGCAACCGCGUGGUAUAUUUCCCUCAGGGUCAUAGCGAGCAGGUUGCUGCAUCAACAAACAGGGAAGUUGAUGCCCAUAUCCCUAACUACCCAAGCUUACCACCACAACUCAUCUGUCAGCUUCACAGUGUGACCAUGCAUGCAGAUGUGGAGACAGAUGAGGUAUAUGCUCAGAUGACCUUGCAACCCCUGAGCUCGCAAGAGCAAAAGGAUGUGUUCCUUCCAGCUGAUUUGGGUGCCCCCAGCAAACAGCCUACAAACUAUUUCUGCAAAACAUUGACGGCCAGUGACACAAGUACUCAUGGAGGGUUCUCAGUUCCUCGCCGGGCAGCUGAAAAAGUGUUUCCUCCACUGGAUUUCUCCCAGCAGCCUCCAGCUCAAGAAUUAAUUGCAAGGGAUCUGCAUGAUAAUGAAUGGAAAUUUAGACAUAUAUUUCGUGGCCAGCCAAAGCGGCAUCUUCUUACAACAGGAUGGAGUGUGUUCGUAAGUGCAAAAAGACUUGUUGCUGGUGAUUCAGUCCUUUUCAUAUGGAACGAGAAGAAUCAAUUGCUCCUUGGUAUACGGCGUGCUAAUCGACCACAAACAGUGAUGCCUUCUUCAGUUUUAUCAAGUGACAGCAUGCACUUAGGGCUUCUUGCUGCUGCAGCUCAUGCGGCCGCAACUAAUAGCCGCUUCACCAUAUUUUAUAAUCCAAGGUAUGUUUCAUUGCAUGUGGACAAAAAAAUACCAUUUAAAGUCUUCCUUACAUUUGGAUUUGAAUCUCUUAAAUACAGGGCAAGCCCAUCAGAAUUCGUCAUACCUCUGGCAAAAUAUGUUAAAGCAGUCUAUCAUACUCGAGUUUCUGUUGGCAUGCGCUUCCGAAUGCUUUUUGAAACUGAAGAAUCAAGUGUCCGUCGCUACAUGGGAACCAUAACUGGCAUAAGUGACUUGGAUCCUGUUCGGUGGCCAAACUCGUAUUGGCGCUCAGUGAAGGUUGGCUGGGAUGAGUCCACAGCUGGGGAAAGGCAGCCAAGAGUGUCCUUGUGGGAGAUUGAACCACUAACAGCAUUCCCCAUGUAUCCAUCUGCAUUCCCUCUGAGGUUCAAGCAACCAUGGCCGCCUGGAUUACCCUCUUUGAGUGGAAUCAGGGAUGAUGAUCUGGGAAUGAAUUCUCCACUUAUGUGGCUUCGUGGAGAUAAUGGGGAUCGAGGGAUCCGAUCUCUCAACUUUCAGGGAAUUGGAGUCAACCCCUGGAUGCAGCCAAGGCUUGAUGCUUCCAUGAAUGGUAUGCAAAGUGACAUAUACCAAGCUAUGGCUGCUGCUGCUCUUCAGGAAAUGAGGGGUAUGGAUCCUUCCAAACAGGCACCUCCAUCUGUUAUGCAAUUCCAGCAACUCCAAAGUGUAACCAACGGGCCUGCUGGUCUAAUGCCACCCCAAAUGUUACAACAGUCUCAGCCUCAACCUUCCUUUAUGCAAAGCGUUCAAGAGAACCAGGGCCAGUCUCAGGGUCAGUCACAGUCUCAUCUUCUUCAGCAACAAUUGCAGCACCUGCAUUCAUUCACCAAUCAGCACCAGCAGCCUCCACUGUCGCAGCAGCAGGAGCAGCAGCUGGUUGAUCCUCAGCAGGUUUCAAGUGUUGUCUCUGGACUGUCUCAGUUUGCUUCAAGCUCUCAAGCCCAGUCACCCUCAUUUCAAGCUAUCUCUUCCAUGUGCCAACAGCAGAGCUUUUCCAGCUCAAAUGGAACCAAUUCUGUUGCUUCUCCUCUACAAAGUCUUUUGGGUUCAUUCCCCCAGGAUGAAACGUCCCAGCUACUCAACUUGCCUAGAAGCUAUUCCUUGUUAUCUUCCGCUGGCUGGCCACCAAAGCGAGUUGCCAUUGAUCCGCUUCCCUCUGGAGCAUCACAAUGUAUUUUGCCCCAGGUGGAACAGUUAGGACCAACCAAUACGAACCUCUCUCAAAAUGCUGUUUCAUUGCCGCCAUUUCCUGGUAGAGAGUGUUCAAUUGAUCAGGAAGGGAGCAACGAUCCCCAUAGCCAUCUUUUGUUUGGGGUUAAUAUCGAUUCCUCAGCUCUUCUAAUGCAGAAUGGGAUGGCAAGUCUUAGGGGAGUUGGUAGUGAUGGUGAUUCCACAUCUUUACCCAUUGCUUCUUCCAAUUAUUUGAGCACUACAGGCACCGAUUUUGCACUUAAUCCGGCAAUGACGCCUUCCAGUUGUAUUGAUGAAUCAGGUUUCCUGCAGUCUCCCGAAAAUGCGGGUCAAGCAAACCCACCAAAUAGAACCUUUGUUAAGGUUUACAAGUCAGGGUCCUUCGGGAGGUCACUAGAUAUCACCAAAUUCAGCAGUUACAAUGAGUUACGCAGUGAACUUGCUCGCAUGUUUGGCCUUGAAGGCCAAUUGGAGGACCCGAGAUCAGGCUGGCAGCUUGUAUUUGUUGACCGGGAGAAUGAUGUUCUUCUCCUUGGUGAUGACCCUUGGCCGGAGUUUGUAAACAGUGUGUGGUGCAUCAAGAUACUGUCAAGCCAGGAAGUGCAGCAAUUGGGCAAACGAGGUCUGGAGCUUCUAAACUCGGUCCCAAUUUAGAGGCUCCACUGGUAGCAGCUACAAUGACUAUGCGCUGGCAGACAGGAGUCGAGAAAUUUGUGCGCUGGCAUCGCAACUGUGGGGUCCCUUGAUUACUGAAACGGUUUAACCGGUUAAGUCACGGUGUCCCUCUUCUGUAAUAUUAGCAUUUCUUCCAACUCUUAUAUGGCGGAGAAGGAUUGCCUAAUUAUACUUUUAAGCUUAUAUGAGCUAAUACUGUAAUUAUACUAUGAUCUCUCAUCUCUUUUAUUUGCCUUUUGGAAUAUAUACAAACGGUAUCUAUUAAGAGAGACUAAUAUUGUGAAGAUAUAGUUGUUUUGUCA